GCAGAGGGCAGCAAUAUGCAAUUCGACGUCUUGCCUGUAGAUAAUGCAAAGAAAAAGAAGAAGCUGCUACCAAAAAUUCCUGUCCGACCUCAGAUGUUCGGCUCAACCAAAACACUUCUUACGGUUUCUACUUUGUUGAUCAUGAUGGUUGAGGAGGGCAGGUUAGCAGCUAGUGUUUGUUUGGGGAUGCUGUGCGUCCUGGGCACCCUGCCCGGUUCGGCUGCUCAGGACCUCCAAGAACCCGCCUUAGACCUUCUGGACUCCCUAGGCGAGCAGAGUGCUUUUAAGCCACAGAGCACCCUUUCUGAUAUAGAGUUUGCUUCUGUCAGUUCCUUCCGUGGCCCCGGCAACAAUGACUCCCGUGGCAACAAGGAGUUGCCAAUCAUCCUUUGGUGGAGCUCUGGCCUUUUCCCUCACUUUCCAGGUGACACGGAGCGCAUAGACUGUGCCACCUCCUCCUGCCUGGUCACACGCAACAGAAAGGUCAAGUUGUAUAAGCGCACAGCUUCGAUUAUCUUCUACGGGACGGACUUCCGAGCGUACGAGGCACCCCUCCCCCGCCUCCGCCACCAGACCUGGGCACUGUUCCACGAGGAGUCGCCCAUGAACAACUACUUCCUGUCUCACGCGCCGGGAAUCCGCCUUUUCAACUACACUGCCACCUUCCGGCGGGGCUCGGACUACCCCCUGACCUUGCAGUGGCUCCCCUCGCUAGAGUACCUGCUGCAGCCGGUGGCCGUGUCUCUGGAGGAGAAGAACCGUUGGAGGAAGCAGGGUCUGGCUCCAGUGCUCUACAUGCAGUCCCACUGUGAUGUUCCCUCUGACAGGGACAGAUACGUACAGGAACUCAUGAAGUAUAUCAAGGUGGACUCAUACGGUAAGUGUUUAAACAACAAGGCCCUCCCAGAGAGCCUAGAGGACACAGCCACAGCCACAGGUGAGGACGCCCGCUUCAUGGGCUUUGUGGCGCGCUACAAGUUCCACUUGGCACUGGAGAACGGCCUCUGCCACGACUACAUGACGGAGAAGCUGUGGCGUCCGCUGCACCAGGGCAGCGUGCCUGUGUACCGUGGCUCACCCUCCGUGAAGGACUGGAUGCCCAACUCCUGCUCCGUCAUCCUCAUCGAUGACUUCCCCUCACCCAAGGACCUGGCUGACUAUCUGAUAGCCCUGGAUGAGAACGACAAGGAAUACAUGAAAUAUCUAGAGUUUAAACACCCCAGCCAUGUUACCAACUCUCGUCUUCUGGAGGCAAUAGAAAGCAGGGAAUGGGGCGUGAAUGACAUGAGCAGGCCCAACUAUCUUAACGGGUUUGAGUGCUAUGUGUGUGACCAGGAGAACGCUCGAUUGGCAUCCAAACGGGCCAAUCGAAAGGCUCCCAAGCAGAACCAGCCCCCUAAGCCAAAGAUGGCCAAUAACAGGCAUAUGGGGUGCCCUCUCCCCUGCCCGGGGUACGGCGACCUCCAGGAUAUCCCUGUCAAUGACAGCUGGCUGCAGAUGUGGCCACAGGACUACUGGCAGAGCCUAGAGCAGGCUGAAGGGUUGGAGUCACUGAUCAGACACAAUGAGUCAAACCCCGAGCUGCUAUGGCACCACAUCCAGGAGAUUUCCACAAGGAUGGCUACGGGCCAACACUGACCCUGACUGGGGAUGCUUAGCACCUGGAGUGCCUUCAAUGUACCACAGAGUUUGCACUGUUCAGGACUGUUUUGUCAUACAGGUUAGGCGAAGUCAAGUAAAAAACAAGUACAUUAUGCCUAAUGCUGUGUUCCCACCAAAAGCAAUUUUUUAGCGCUGGAGAUAUAGGCUAUUUUCGCUUUGCGUUACUUGCACGUUUAUAUGCACGAUUCGCCUUUCUCUUCAGGAGCUUACCGUUCUUUUUCGUUGUCAACCAUGUCCGAAAUGACUACCAUGGCCACCGCCGUCAGUAUUGCCACUGUUGCCAUGCCAAUUAUACUUCUCAAUCAAGUAUUUCCAGGCAAUACUACUUUUUCGCUGACCUUAUGGCGUUUAUGUCAUUUAGAAGACCAAAGUAAAAUAAUGAAAACCUAAUUUUAUGUGGUGAAUCUAAUUAAAUCUGCUGCGAUAAUUGAAACUUUCGACUUUUGAAUGCGCUAGAUUGGCUCCUACCAUAGACUGUAGCCGCAGCCGGCUGACUUGAAGCAGUGAAUUCUGGUUAGACUUUUUGUCUUGACUUGAGACGCCGUUGAGGCUAGGUCACUGUGACGUAUCCAUCAAAGUACCGUGAGAUCGAUUUGAGAACAGCCGGCUGUGUAGCCGAGCGCAUUUUCUCAAGAGCAACUGCACAGGUUCUAAUGACGACACAGCUAUUUCAUGAUUGGCCAGACUAACACACAGCAACUUUGACGGGUUUUAGUCCGCCUCUUCACUAACGGAAAGACUAAGUUGAAUUGAGUUCUGGUUGUAUUAUCAAUCUGUAGGUUGGAGAAAGAGUUUAACAUAGCCCAAUUCAUAGUUUUCAGUCACGUGACAUCCGCGGUGACCUGGAGGGCAGAAAGCUGCUGGCGCAACAAAAGCCGGCAAAUUACCUUCCCACGUUUCUUUGGAUCACGUCUUAGCUAAACAAACUGCAAGUGUUGGGCACUUACGAUCCAUAUACAGCACCCGCUGCCGUAUUUCUGCCCCUAAAAACCGCAAGGUUUCUACUAUUCAAACGGAAAUUCAACUUUUCCUUUAAUUUUUACUUAUUACAACCUCAAUUCCAAAAAAGUUGGGAGGCUGUGAAAAACCUAAAUAAAAACAAAGGACCAAAUGAGUAUGAAAAACCAAUCAGUCUUAACACAAGCCUCACACAUUGUCUUUGUUUUACAUUCAGUUGAAUAUCGGUGUAAAGGGAUUUCCCAAUCAUUUACUUGGGUGUGCUUGCCUUCGGCAAGAGCAAAACCUUUGUUCUCUCACAUAUAUAUUUAUUAUUAUUUAUUUUUGCCCCCCUAAAUCUUCGUCAAUAUUUGGCCUACAUAGACAACCUAGGUGUCAAAAGUUUCGUCUUGUUAGCGAUUGAGUUUUUAUUUACGUUCCGUUGCAUGGUUUAGGCUGAAGUUAAGUUUUUGUGGCGAAAAGUGAAGCUAACGGUGGCUAAUUUGCUAUCCACAGUCACUGACGUUACUAACGUCACUACGUCACGAAAACACGCGUGACUACCUGUAGCAGAACAUUCGUUUCACAUCUGUUAACUUGGGGGAUAGCUAGGCUAACUAUAGCUUUACUGCAAGGCAGCUGCAGAAACGCCACAAGCAAAGAGGCCAGGGUGAUAACUAUUUACUCCUUUUACUUUGUGAUGUGAAACACAAUUGUGUAAUGUACAAUAUUAGCUGAUAUUAUUAAGGAAGUAGGCCCACAUCUACUUUCGGAAACGGUAGUCUACUAUUUCACUGAAGCAUUAGCAUAAUGACAUUAGCCUCUGUUGCCCGGGCAACACAUACUACAGUGGUCUAUGAUGCAUCUGUUUUCAAUCGUUAAAAUAAACAUUCCUCACAAAUACAUUUUCGUUGUAGGAUUUAUUAUGACAUUACAUUACAAGUACACGAUUUGUUGGUGAAAUUAUCAUUACCUGUGGUUUCAAACCAGUGUUGCUCACUGCAACGCUGUAGCCUACGCGAGACACACUACAAAAACAUCUACACAGCUGUUUAGGAAGUCAAACGGCGACAGAACAUGUUCGGCACUCCCCUUACUUAAAUCAAAAGUCUUUCAAUAGGUGAAACUAUCUGACUACUAACCUGAACUUCAUUGCCACAGCCUAAACUUUGUCAAUCUGUUCAUGAAAAUAAUUAAUUUCAGCCUAAACCGCACAACGGAACGUUACAUCGAAUUCAACCAACGCAAUCGCUACCAAGACGAACACAGCAGUAGUACUGUACUGUAGUAGUACAAUUUACCGGGGCAGCUUCUCCACACAGGGCUAUAUCGCAUUUUGCGUUGUUACUGACAAUGAUCGCUACCAGUGAGCUUUUUAUGAAUGAGCGAUUUUCCACGAAAUAAAUGUCAAGCUUAUUUACGUUUUGGGGGCAUAUUUUCAGUUAGCAGAUGGUACUGUUUGAAUCGCAAUUCCAUCUUUUACUGCCGGUAACGUCGUAGAAUAAUCUUCAAAGGGGGGUUCUUUAUUAAUGAAUGAAUGCAAUAUGAGUAGGCUAAAUGCCUGAAAAUAUCACGAGAAGGGAAAACUUAAAAGGACGUUUAAAUCAUAGAGAUUAGGUCAAUAUUUACACCGGUCUGCCAAAUGUAUUCGUUUUGAUUCAGCUAUGAGGCUGCCUCUUGCAGGGGAAAUGAGAAGACAUCAUAUUUCAUUCUACACUUCACUCGUAUUUUGAGUUGUAAAUGAGCAGCAAAAAAAAGAUGCUUUUAAAUUUAUGUAAUCUUUAUAAAUAAUAAGUAGGCCCUAUGCAUUUUUAUAUAAAAUAUACAGAAAUAUCAAUUGUAAAAAUGUCAUUUAAAAACGGACCCCUGUGCAACCGACGCAAGCAAGCACACCCUACAAUUUCCCCAGAAAUUGUACCCUCUAGUUCCAAAUGCAUUUUGAUUUUUGUUGUGUGUAACACAGCAACCCAACUAUUUAGCUAACUAGCUAUCUUUCACUCACUACGACCACUGCAGUUGGUCGCCUCAAUACACAACAAACUAUGUCAAACCGAUUACACAAAGAUGUUUUUUAUGGCAAUACCAUAAUUAAUAUACCUGUAUAUUCUUGUGUUUAACUUUACUUGAACUUGAUGAAGUGUUAGCUGCAAAUACGUGUAUAUUUGGACGGCUGGCAUUGUUUGCCCUCCUUGGAGACAGAGGUAACGUUAGGUUUAAUGGCACAAAUCCACAAUCUCCUCCUCUCUGGGUUUUCUUUAUUGGACGUGGGGUGUGCCCCUUGGAACGUGACGUCACGUGAAAACUAUGAAUACAUAAAAUUACAAAUUUCAGUGCACUGGUUUGUGCAAGUUCUAAUGUGAAAACAAUUACAUUCGCAACCAUGCAGUUCGUCAGCGAUAAAGUAAGCAAACAGCUCUUGAUUGGCCAUGACUGACGACAACGCAGCAAACCAUGAGAAGCAGGAAUGUCCAACUUUAAGGAGGCGUUUUUAACUCCUCCCUGAAUGCAAGCGGCAACUCUCGCCAGUCGAGAAAAAAGACUGUUUUGAAGCCUCGAUUUUUGUUUUUUGGAGCCAGAAGUGACCAAAUUUGGACGAGAGGGCGGAGUUGGGAAGGGGCAAAGGGCGGGAGAAGCCGAGGACAAAAUGCACGCCCACCUCGCUAACAGCCUUUCUCCUCUAUGCCCCUGGCUAGUAGACCUGUCAAUCAAGCCAUCCACCCCCCCAAAUCUACGGAUCUUUGAGGCUUAAUAUCUACAUAAUGAUCUAAUUAUUUUCAGAUGGACCACCAGGACACUUGUUGAAAUGCGUUCAUUAUGUCCUCAAUUGUAUGUGAUGUGGUGCUGUGCUGUUCUGUGGUUGGAUGUAUGUUUGUGCCACGGGGAGGCGCUACCUCUGUAGCGUGUGUGUUGUGGAGGGCACGUCGGCGUCGUUUUUGUUCCAGUUGAUUUGUUCAAUCAGAAGCUGUCUGACCGUGAGACUGAUGUGUCUGCAGCUCAUACAAUAAAUAUGCCAAGAACGGCUAAAAGGU